GUGCGCGGGCGGGGCGUCGGCUGAGCGGCCCCGCGCCCUGAAUACCCGCCGCGUUAUGCAGGCGGCGAGCGGGCGGCGCGGUGGGGUGCGCGGGCGGGGCGGGACAGGGCAGGCUGCGGCAGCGGGCGGGGCGGCGGCGGCGGCACCACCAUGUCGGAGGCGGCGGUGGCGGACACCCGGCGCCUGAACGCCAAGCCGCAGGACCUGACGGACGCGUACGGGCCGCCUAGUAACUUCCUCGAGAUCGACAUCUUCAACCCGCAGACCGUGGGCAUGGGCCGCGCCAGAUACACUAGCUACGAGCUGCGGAUGCGGACAAACCUCCCAAUCUUCAAAUUGAAGGAGUCGUGUGUGAGAAGACGAUACAGUGAUUUUGAAUGGCUGAAGAACGAGCUGGAACGAGACAGUAAGAUUGUAGUGCCACCAUUGCCUGGAAAAGCUUUGAAACGACAGCUUCCCUUCCGAGGAGACGAAGGCAUCUUUGAGGAGUCCUUCAUUGAGGAGCGGAGACAGGGACUAGAACAAUUUAUUAACAAAAUUGCUGGACACCCACUGGCACAGAACGAGCGCUGCUUACAUAUGUUCCUGCAAGAGGAGACUAUUGAUAGGAAUUACGUCCCAGGGAAAGUGCGCCAGUAGGAGCACCUGGCACUGUCUUCCUCCAUUCCACCCUCCCUCCUGCAAAAAUGACAUUUAUUUUUACACUAAAUCUGUCUUCUCUGAACCAGCUUUUCCUCUCUUGAACCUCCCAGUUUGUUCAGUAUUUUCCUCUUUUGUAACUGGCAGCAGCUUGUUCUACUGGGCUGUGGUCUUGGCCUAAAGAUAUGAAGAUGUAUGCAAGUGAGCGUGUUGUCCCGCACCUAGGGGCAGAUGUGAAUAGGUGUGGAGCAGGAACUUGCUCAUGGCGUUAUGGUGUAGGAGCUGCCUCUCUCCCUGUACAGAAAGGUAUGAGAUGACCUUCACUCCCCUAUCCGUGCAGCCCCAAGCAUCUCUGCAGGAGACUCUGAAGAAUAGCAGUUGUCAUGUUGGUCAGUGAUCCCAUCGGGUAUUAGAGUUGUAGUAAGGUUUAUCCAAAACAGUGAGUAGGUGCCUGGGUGUGUUGGUUUCUUGUCCACCCCGUUCACCCACCCUGCAUGAAACCCCCAUUCUUCACUGUCUGGAAGUGCUGAGAUCCAAGACCUACUCUAACCCCGCUCUCGGCCUCCUGCAUUACAGACCCGGUUGGUGUAUUUGUGUUAAUCCCCCUCCUUUCUACCGUGCUGCUGGCAGCUCGAGGGGUUUCCAUGACGUGUGCUCUCAUGGUGCUCUGCGCCGGCAGCCUGAUGUGUGGAAGCUGGGACAGCCUGGGCCGUAGCAGUGUGUGCUGCGAUGCCCAGGGUUUAAACAACACCGCAGCCUGCGGCAGGCUGCUGUGGUGGUGUUUCCAGCAGCACCCCGCUCAGCUGGGCGGUGGUGACCUUGUCCUGUGCUGCAGCUGCAGCGGGGAGGAGACGGGUCUGGCUGAGGAGGAGCAAGGGAGGGCUGGGGUGGCUGCUGUAGUGUGAUGGCUACUACAGUGGGGCCUGGGGUGAGGCCACCUCUCCAGAAAGGGACGGCAGAGAAUGCUCAAUCGGUCCUGGUUAGACACUUGCUUACGAAGCAGGUGAAGUGACGAUGGCUUUUUGUUGUGCUCUCCCCUGUUCUGCAGUGAGCUAGGCUGUCACUUGUGUGGAAGCAAGCAUGCAAGACUGGUCAGGGAGGCGUUCAGAGCUUGAGGGGGGACUGCGUGGCUGUGACUCCCUGCAGCAGAACUGUCCUGUGGAGGCUGCUCCAGAUGCCGUGAGUGAGGUUGGGCCUCAGCCCGGGGGCUCCUCAGGUCAACGCUGGCUGGUUUAUAAGCUCUUGGUCACACUAGAGGCACAGUUGAGCCUUUCUUGGAGCACAGGCCUGUCGUGACUGCCCUCCCGCCCCUGCCCAGCCCGUCCCCCACGGCCCCCCGAAGGUCUCCUGGGUUUUCUGGUGAGGAGCUGGUGCUGCCGGGCGAGAGGUGGCUCUUGGGGAAUAGGAGAAGUCGCUGAAGCUGGGAGGGCACCGCUGCGGGGGCGGGCUCGGCGCGGGAGGGGCGGUGGGGCAGCGCGGAGGCCGCUGCCGGCGGAGGCGGCCAUGCCCUGAGCCCCGUCCCCGCUGCCGCCCGUCCCGUCCCGCCCGGUCCCGCGGGGCUGCCACCGCCCAGCUCUCUUCGCCCUCUGCACUGUAACGUCCCGCGUCCGUUCGCAUUAAACCACUGUGAAGCCAA